UAAACUUUCCCAGGCGUUGAAUCAAACGAAGAGCCUUUUAUGCAUUCUUUCACGCCAAUUUCAUUCCUCUUCCGAAUAACGUAGCUCCACAAGAACCAUCAUUCAUUCACCCCUCACGGAUAUGCUGAGUAAUAUCCACCCAAAGCACUGGCUUUUAUAAAGAGAGAUCCUUUGAUUUCACCCAUUUGCAUUUAGCUUAUCCAACAUGGAGAGAUUGUUCAGGAUGUUCGCGACCGCAACUUUUUCAUCUUUCCGCUUAUUAAGAGGUCUCGUUCAAUCUCCUAACCCUGUUAUUGCGAAUCGACUAAGCCAGCACCAUGGCGAUGCGAUGUUCGAGUCCGGCUAUUCGACUGAUUACCGGGGGUUGCAGCAGAUUUCCCGAGCUUACCGCAAAGAAGUGGACAGACCUGAUUCCAGUAACGAGGAAAACAAUGCAAGUAAAGAGAUCCCAAAGCCACUGCCAGAUCCUCCCAAUCCAUCAAGGUUCCCACCAUGGGUUAGAUGGGUCGUGGGCUCUAUAUUGUCUCUCCUGAUACCCUUUUGGAAGCUCAAAUGGGACCAGCUGCAACAAAUAGAAGGGAAGGCUGAAGAGGUGAUUGAAGAUGCCGAGAUUGUGGCCGAGGUGGUAGAGAAGGUUGCGACCGCGGCUGAAAAGGUAUCGGCCCAAGUAGCUGAUGAGCUCCCCGAUGACAGCAAACUCAAGGAGGCUGCAUUGUUUGUUGAACACGUAUCAGAAGUUACUGCUCAAGAUGCUCAUUUGACCGAGAACUUCAUUCAUAAGUUUGAUGAAGUGAAACAAGAGGUGGAGACGGCGGUUGAAACCGGCAUCCGGAAGAUGAUGGAGCAACCGUCUGAAGAACUCAUUCAAAAACCGUCUGAAGAAAAAUAAACAUCUAUCAUUUUCAGCCAUCCAACCUCCAAAAAUCUCCUUCCAGAGAAUGGUAUAGAGAGAAUACUGUACAUACCAUUUAGGGGAGGGAAGAAAGAGUUUUUAAAGGCUAUAAAUAAAUGAAGCGUUCGUCGCAGUGAUGUAAUUGUACAUCAGCACAUGACAUUAAUUUCGAUUUCUAGGAA